UGGAGAUCGCCGCAAGCGCUGGAGCAGGCUUGCGAAUGCGACUGGCGAGGGCAACAGCGGCGGCCCGUGGAGGGACCCCUGCCGCUAAGUGAACACUUGGAUGGACCCCCUCGAGCAAACUGCAACUCGUCCUGUCGGCCACCACCACCACAACUCCCGCAAGCACCUCGCCGCCCCUUUGCGCCUUGCGCCCUCGCACUGUUCCUCGUAAGGCACGAGAGAACCUGCCAAGGCGCAGCAAUUGUCUGCCGUCUUCUGCUGCUUCUCCCAGCACGCGACCGCAACCUGUCCAGCUGUCCUGGCAUCGACAGCCACCCCUCACCACCAAGCGCCUGGUGCCGCGACACUCUACCGCCGACCCUCUCGCGAGCUCUCGUCCUCCACAACUCUCGAUCACGACGACAGACGAAUGCGCCCUCCUCAGCCGUUCAACACCUCGACUCCCCACGUCAACCGGCACAGAUGAGCGCCUAUCCGCCGAGGGCUGCUAACGGCACCGCCACAGGCGGCCCUGCUGUACCCCGCCAGGCCAAGACUGCCCUGACGACUGUCGACGAGUCGGUGAUAGAUGCUGGCACUCAAGGCCAUGAUCACUACAAACAUGCGCUUCCGCCCUGGAGAUACCGCCUCCGCCAGCUUGCGCUGCCCCUGAUCCGGUGGGAGACUCCCUAUCUCGCCUUGCUUCAGACUACUCUACGGACACCGGCUCUUGACAGCUACUUCGCAAUCACUGCCAAUCUUGGCACGCACACUUUCUUCAUGAUCGGACUCCCAAUCCUUUUCUGGUGCGGCUAUCCGGGUUUUGGUCAAGGGCUCGUUCACAUCCUCUGCUUCGGCGUUUAUUGGUCAGGCUUCGUCAAGGAUUUCUUCUCGUUGCCGCGCCCCCUCUCGCCCCCUCUUCACCGUAUCACCAUGUCAGGGUCGGUGGCGCUGGAAUACGGGUUCCCCUCGACGCACUCAGCGAAUGCGGUAUCGGUUGUCGUCUACGCGGUGCUGUGUCUGCAGUCCCCCACCAAUGACUUCAGCCCGCCGGUCAAGACCGCCCUGCAAGGACUUGCCUACUUCUAUGCUGUCAGCAUUGUGUUUGGACGCCUUUACUGCGGCAUGCACGGAUUUCUUGACGUCAUCGUGGGAUCCAUCAUGGGAGCCAUCAUCUCGUUCAUCGAGUACUACUACCAGCCAGUACUAGCCGCGUACCUUGCCGAAAACGGCUGGGGUCCUGUCCUGACUCUGCUGGCGCUCAUUUUGGUCUUUGUCCGGAUUCAUCCCGAGCCCGCUGACGACUGCCCCUGUUUCGACGACACGGUCGCCUUUUGUGGAGUUUUACUUGGGCUGGAGCCUGCUUGCUGGCACUACGGCAAAUCGGCAUAUUCUGCUCUCCCCUUCGAUCUGAGCGUCCUCGGAUGGCCGGCUGUCGUUGCUCGGGUCGUGUUCGGCGUGCUUUGCAUCUUUGCGUGGCGCGAAGUCGCCAAGCCGUUCCUCCUCAAGGGGUUGCCUCAUCUCUUCCGCCUGCUCGAGAAGACCCGCUUCAGUCUACCACGACGAUUCUUUACACCCGCUUCUGAGUACAAGAACAUCCCGGCACGACUGAAGGUGGACAACGUGCUUCCCAACGUCAGCGACGUCUCCAACUUUGUCCAAUCGAUCCGCCACCCUGGUCGCGGCAGGUCCGUUUCCAUCGGCCCGCAGAGUGCGGCCGAUGCCUAUGAGACACUCGCGUACCGUGAGCGGAGGAGGCGCGAGAGCAUCGGGAGCAACGGUAGUCUGCGCAGCAAGAAGAGCAUACAGGAGCUGAAAAAGGAGACAGAUGGCGGGCGGAGCUCGGGAGUCCCCAACAGCCUCAACACAUAUGAGAGCAUGAUGGGUGAGGGGACCGUGGUGGCGUCGCCGGUAGAAGGGUCCGAGGAGCCGAACCUCUUUGUGGCCGAGCAGGACGAGCUCAGCGACAAGGAAGUGUUCCUGAAGCUUAUCAAGACGCGUGUGCGGUACGAUGUCGAGGUUAUUACGAAGCUCGUCGUCUAUGCAGGCAUUGGGUACCUUGCUGCAGAGGGCAUCCCCGUGAUGUUUGAGAUCAUCCCGGGGUUGGGGGCCGGCCGCUACUACCAGUAGCUUGGAUCGUCGACCGCAUUAUUUGGUCUCAGCGUGCGUGUGUGUCUUAUGCUUGACUGCAAUGAUGGAAUGGGGCUGUUACGUUUGGCGAUAGGUCAGCCUUCUUAAGUAUAUAUAUAAUUGGUGUUGUGGGGGGAGGGCGAUGCAGACAUGAGGACGUGCACACUUGGUCUGUUCAGUCUCACGGCUCCCCUGCUUCGCGGUUUUUCAUAAGUAUAUAUUUACUCUACAUUUUCGUCUUCUCGCUAAGGUAAACUUUUCCUGGACCUGUCCUUAUGUCGCUCCGUUAAUGUUCACACGUUUUCCCCCACAAGUGCAUAUACAUAUUGUUGGGCCAACACUGCACUCUCGCCCUGAAGUCCGUUGUCUGCUCUCCGAGCCUGUUUUCGUGUUUUGCUGAUGGGGAAGACGGUCUCUUUUCCACUCUCGGAGCCUCUUUUCGCGUCUUGCUGACAGGAAAGAUGGGAUUUCAGACCACGUUGUUGCGA